UUCAUGAAGACAGCAGAAAACCAAUGUCCACUCAUCACAGCACUCCUGCCAAACAAACUUUUGCAAGCCAACGAAUGAACACCAACUCUGAAAAUGACCAUUUACCAAGGUAUUGCAAGAGGUGGGGCAGCGAUGACAUUCAGCGGCAUACAAUGGCUAAGAGCCGCCAUAUGGCUAUGCGGAGACCGGCUUACAUGUUUAACGCUCGAUACAAUAGUUUGUCCUCAACUGAGGAGCAUUUCCUAGAAGCAGCCGAGUAUGGAAAUAUUCCUGUCAUCCGUAGGAUGCUGGAAGAACUUCCGGAACUUAAUGUCAACUGCGUGGACUACAUGGGCCAGAACGCAUUGCAGCUUGCAGUUGCCAAUGAACAUCUGGAAGUGACGGAGUUCCUGCUAAAGAAAGAGAACUUGGCCCGGAUAGGUGAUGCCCUGCUGUUAGCCAUAAGCAAAGGCUACAUUCGUAUUGUAGAGGCAAUUCUGGGCCACCAAGCCUUUGCGGACACAACCAAACUCACCAACAGCCCCCUCCAGGCAGAGAAACAAGACGACUUCUUCGCCUAUGAUGAGGACGGCACUCGAUUUUCCCAUGAUAUUACACCCAUUUUACUAGCUUCUCACUGCCAUGAGUACGAGAUUGUGCACAUUUUGCUAAGGAAGGGUGCCUGCAUUCAACGACCGCAUGACUACUUCUGCAAAUGUAACAGCUGCCUGUACCAUCAGAGGCACGACUCUUUCAGUCAUUCACGAUCCAGAAUCAAUGCCUACAAAGGGCUGGCUAGUCCUGCCUACCUGUCCCUGUCCAGUGAAGACCCAGUGCUGACGGCUCUAGAGCUCAGCAAUGAACUGGCCGUACUGGCCAACAUAGAGAAAGAAUUUAAGAAUGAUUAUAAGAGGCUGUCUAUGCAGUGUAAAGAUUUUGUGGUUGGACUUCUCGAUCUGUGUCGCAACACUGAGGAGGUGGAAGCCAUUUUGAAUGGAGACACUGAGACAGAUGGCCAUUUUGAAAAUGGUGGGAGACCUAGUUUAGUUCGAUUAAAACUGGCUAUCAAAUACGAGCUGAAAAAGUUUGUUGCCCAUCCAAACUGUCAACAGCAGCUCUUGUCUAUCUGGUAUGAAAAUCUGUCGGGGCUCAGACAGCAGACCACAGCAAUGAAGUUACUCGUGGUUCUGGGGGUGGUGGUUGGACUGCCCAUCUUGGUCUUACUGUACUGGAUUGCACCCUCAAGCAAGUUGGGGAAGAUCAUGCGUGGUCCUUUCCUGAAGUUUGUAGCACAUGCAGCUUCUUUCACAAUCUUUCUUGGGCUUCUAAUCAUGAACGCCGCUGACCGUUUUGAAGGGACGACACUCCUGCCAAACAUGACGGUCCACGACCAUCCAUCCCAACUGUUCCGCAUGAAAACUACCCCUUUUACCUGGAUGGAAAUGCUGAUAAUUUCCUGGGUCAUAGGAAUGAUCUGGGCUGAAUGUAAAGAGAUAUGGUCUCAGGGUCCUCGGGAUUAUGUCUUGGAGCCGUGGAAUUUGCUGGACUUUGGAAUGCUGGCCAUUUUUGUGACUUCCUUCAUUGCUCGAUUUAUGGCAUUUUGGCAUGCAAAUGUUGCACAGAGUUAUGUUGACAAGCACUACACAGAUCUAUCAAACAUUACCUUGCCCUUUGAGAUAGAAUAUUAUCGACUUGCACGUGUUCACUGGGUUCCUUCGGACCCUCAGUUGAUCUCUGAGGGUCUUUAUGCCAUUGCAGUGGUCCUGAGCUUCUCUCGGAUCGCAUACAUCCUGCCAGCCAACGAGAGCUUUGGACCCCUGCAGAUCUCUCUGGGCCGGACUGUGAAAGACAUAUUUAAAUUCAUGGUGAUCUUCAUCAUGGUGUUCGUGGCCUUCAUGUUAGGAAUGUUUAACCUCUAUUCAUACUAUCUUGGAGCGAAGCAGAAUGACGCCUUCACAACUGUCGAGGAGAGCUUUAAAACAUUAUUCUGGGCUAUUUUUGGACUUUCUGAGGUCAAGUCUGUCGUCAUCAACAACGGGCACAAAUUCAUUGAGAAUAUUGGCUACGUCCUUUAUGGAGUCUACAAUGUUACCAUGGUUAUCGUCUUACUCAACAUGCUCAUCGCCAUGAUCAACAGCUCCUUUCAGGAAAUUGAGGACGAUGCAGAUGUGGAAUGGAAGUUUGCCAGGGCAAAGCUGUGGUUCUCUUACUUUGAAGAAGGGGGAACCCUACCUGUGCCAUUUAACCUGAUACCCAGCCCCAAAUCAGUCAUUAACCUGGCUCUGAAACUCAAACAGCUCCUACUAAUGCCCCUGCACAGGCACAAAGAGGACCAGAAGGACACAGAGCUCAAUGAGUUAGGCAAACAAAAAGAGUCAAUAGAGAAAGAUUCACCUCAUCCAAGUCGUUACCAGAGGAUCAUGAAACGUCUAAUCAAACGAUACAUCAUAAAAGCACGGACUGACAGAGAGGGAGAUGAAGUUAAUGAAGGAGAACUAAAAGAGAUAAAGCAGGACAUCUCGAGUUUACGUUACGAGCUCCUGGAGGAGAAGUCUCGUCAAACGGAGGAGCUAGCGGAGUUGAUCAGGGGACUCGGAGAAGGACUGGUCACACAACAGAAGCUUUAG